AUGCAGCUGGAGCACUGCCUCUCUCCUUCUAUCAUGCUCUCCAAGAAAUUUCUCAAUGUGAGCAGCAGCUACCCACAUUCAGGCGGAUCCGAGCUUGUCUUGCACGACCAUCCCAUUAUCUCGGCGACUGACAACCUGGAGAGAAGUUCACCUUUGAAAAAAAUCACCAGGGGGAUGACGAAUCAGUCAGAUACAGACAAUUUUCCUGACUCCAAGGACUCACCAGGGGACGUCCAGAGAAGUAAACUCUCUCCUGUCUUGGAGGGGGUCUCUGAGCUUCGUCACAGUUUCGAUGGCUCUGCUGCCGAUCGCUACCUCCUCUCUCAGUCCAGCCAGCCUCAGUCUGCGGCCACUGCUCCCAGUGCCAUGUUCCCGUACCCCGGCCAGCACGGACCCGCGCACCCCGCCUUCUCCAUCGGCAGCCCCAGCCGCUACAUGGCCCACCACCCGGUCAUCACCAACGGAGCCUACAACAGCCUCCUGUCCAACUCCUCGCCGCAGGGCUACCCCGCGGCCGGCUACCCCUACCCGCAGCAGUACGGCCACUCCUACCAGGGAGCUCCGUUCUACCAGUUCUCCUCCACGCAGCCCGGGCUGGUGCCCGGCAAAGCGCAGGUGUACCUGUGCAACAGGCCCCUGUGGCUGAAAUUCCACCGGCACCAAACGGAGAUGAUCAUCACCAAGCAGGGGAGGCGCAUGUUUCCUUUUUUAAGUUUUAACAUUUCUGGUCUCGAUCCCACGGCUCAUUACAAUAUUUUUGUGGAUGUGAUUCUGGCGGAUCCCAAUCACUGGAGGUUUCAAGGAGGCAAAUGGGUUCCUUGCGGCAAAGCGGACACCAAUGUGCAAGGAAACCGGGUCUAUAUGCAUCCGGAUUCCCCCAACACUGGGGCUCACUGGAUGCGCCAAGAAAUCUCUUUUGGAAAAUUAAAACUUACGAACAACAAAGGAGCUUCAAACAACAAUGGGCAGAUGGUGGUGCUGCAGUCCCUGCACAAGUACCAGCCGCGCCUGCACGUGGUGGAAGUGAACGAGGACGGCACGGAGGACACCAGCCAGCCCGGCCGCGUGCAGACCUUCACCUUCCCGGAGACGCAGUUCAUCGCGGUCACCGCCUACCAGAACACGGACAUUACACAACUGAAAAUAGACCACAACCCCUUUGCAAAAGGAUUUCGGGAUAACUAUGACACGAUCUACACGGGCUGCGACAUGGACCGCCUGACCCCGUCCCCCAACGACUCCCCGCGCUCGCAGAUCGUGCCGGGGGCCCGCUACGCCAUGGCCGGCUCCUUCCUGCAGGACCAGUUCGUGAGCAACUACGCCAAGGCGCGCUUCCACGCGGGCGCGGGCGCGGGCCCCGGGCCGGGCGCGGACCGCAGCGUGCCGCACACCAACGGGCUGCUGUCGCCGCAGCAGGCCGAGGAGCCGGGCGCGCCGUCGCCGCAGCGCUGGUUCGUGGCGCCGGCCAACAACCGGCUGGACUUCGCCGCCUCGGCCUACGACACGGCCACGGACUUCGCGGGCAACGCGGCCACGCUGCUGUCGUACGCGGCGGCCGGCGUGAAGGCGCUGCCCCUGCAGGCGGCGGGCUGCGCGGCCCGCCCGCUCGGCUACUACGCCGCCGCCGCCGCCGCCGCCGACCCGUCGGGCUGGGGCGCGCGCAGCCCCCCGCAGUACUGCGGCGCCAAGGCGGGCGCCGUGCUGCCCUGCUGGCCCAACAGCGCCGCGGCCGCCGCGCGCGUGGCCGGCGCGCACCCCUACCUGGGCGAGGAGGCCGAGGGCCUGGCGGCCGAGCGCUCGCCGCUGCCGCCGCCCGGCGCCGCCGCCGCCGCCGCCGAGGACGCCAAGCCCAAGGACCUGUCCGACUCCAGCUGGAUCGAGACGCCCUCCUCCAUCAAGUCCAUCGACUCGAGCGACUCGGGCAUCUACGAGCAGGCCAAGCGGAGGCGGAUCUCGCCCGCCGACACGCCCGCGGCGUCCGACAGCUCGUCGCCGCUCAAGAGCGAGGUGCUGGCGCAGCGGGACUGCGACAAGAACUGCGCCAAGGACCUGGGCGGCUACUACGGCUUCUACUCGCACAGCUAG